AAAAUAGGGUAAUGGCUCAUUAAAGGGGAGGUAUAUGGGAAUGAGUUAUUAUCCAAUUUCAAUGAUUUAUUUCCUUAUUUGCAUUCCUAUUCCUAUAAUUCAAACAUUAACAAUGGCAAUCAAUGAUUUUCAUUCUCAUUCUCCACUCUUAUUUCCCUAAAUCAAACGCCCCCUAAGUUUUUUUUAACUCAAAGACGUAAUUAGCUAUAUACGAAGGAGAUGGGAAGGUCUUAUUAUUACUGAGUAGAGCUGUUAGGUAAGUCAGGAUGGUCCAUUAAAAAACUCAUCAUCUUGUAGGGUGGUCUCAACCGACCCAUCAGUUGAGUUAGAAAAUCUUUAAUUGAGACCAACUCAAAAUAGAUGCAAUGUGGUUCAAUUGUUCGAGUUUAUAGUGAAUUGUCUAACGAAAAUGUUCAACGAUCGCGAACCUAUUCUACUAACAAAUAAGUUUUUUUUUAACUCAAAGAGGUAAUUAGCUAUAUACGAAGGAGAUGUGAAGUUCUUAUUAUUGCUGAGUAGAGUUGUUAGGUAGGUCAGGAUGGUCCAUUAAAAACUCAUCAUCUUGUAGGAUGGUCUUAAUCGACCCAUUAGGUGAGUUAGAAAAUCUCUAAUUGAGAUCAAUUCAAAAUAGAUGCAAUUUGGUUCAAUUAUUCAAGUUUAUAGUGAAUUCUUUAUUUCGUUGCAUUUAUUAUUAUUUGUUUUUCUCUAUGAGUUCUUGUGAAAAAUGUGAAAAAAAAUCACGAGCAGUAUUCACUCCCUCCCCCUCCUCUAACGCUUUCAAUCCUACACAUUGAUUAAUUCUAUUACACAUAUCCUAACAAAUGAACUAAUCAUUAGAUUAAACAUGAACUAAUCAUUUUCAAAUUUGUUAACACAUAACAUAAUUUUUUAUAAAAUAAUUCUGUUAUAACAACAGAAAAAUUAUUACAUAACUCAUAAACUAAAUGAGCUUAUUUCUAUUCAUACAUAAUGACAAUAACAAUAGAACUCUAAUAAAAUAGAUAAGUUAACAUCACUCUCACUAGGACAAAUAAUAGUGUGGUGGUCAAUACUAUCCCUUUUAACCUAGACUCGUUUGGGGCAAUCUCAGGUAGGACAACUUCAGAAUUCUCCAUUUAAUUUGGUCCACAUUCGGAUCCUCUUAUGGAUUCUCCUCAAACUUUUCGGGAUCAUCUUGAUCCAUAUGAUGAAGUAGCUUUAUACACAAUUGUGCAUAUGAGAUACGUCCUUGCCCUCAUAAUUAGUGUGCUACUAUAUUGAGUUGUAUUGGUAGAAAUUGGAGCAAAACCAAGUUAUCAAGAAUUGGAAACUCUUCUCGUUCGAGUUUCUAGAAUAAUCGAUCAAGUUGUCCAAUAUGUCCUUGGAGUCCAUGAACUGGGUCAAACUCCAUCUCCUCAAUCUGCUCCCUUAGCUCAUUCGUUGUGCGUCACGAUGGGUCAUCGUGUAUAUCAUCGUUGACAUCUAGAAUUGAAAAUAAUAAUAUUGGUACAAAACCAACAAAGUAACACAACCAGUUCAAUUCAAUUUACACAUAUACAUAGAACAAACAUAUAGAAUUUAUAAACAAAUAAGAAAAAAUAAUUUUCUUUAUUUGAGGAGUUCUAGUGGACUAACACACUAGACUGAUCGAUUGAGAAGAUGAACCCUGAACUUGGUCGAUUGUCCUAUUAGUACUAAUCUAAUUAGAUAGGGAUGUCUUAUCUAUAUUGUUUUUAUUUAACCUAAAUUCAUUUAAGUAAAUUUCAGACUUAUUAAUAAAUCUUACCCAAUUUUGAUUAAAUCAGUCCCAAUAAAAUAAAUUUAGCCUAUUUAAUUAAAUAUGGAAAGAUCCAUCUUAAUAAAUCAAACUAGUCAAAUUUAUGAUUAGCCCAGACUCAUUUAAUCAAAUUAACCCAAAAUAAUUUUGAUUUAGAUAAAAUUACUUAAGUUAAACCAAUUAAUAGUUUGAACCAUAUGAGAAUCUAAUUAAAUGAAACUCAUCUUUUUAAACUAACCUGGUAGGUCUGGUUCAAUGAACCAGUCCAGUUUAAAUCAACCCAAGUUGAGUAAACUAAACCCAAUUAAUUUCCAGCAUGGAGUCAUUAACUAAAAACAAUGUAUUAAUUAAUUAAUAAAAAAACAAGAGCUUAAUCUUAGGGCAUCCAUAAUGUGAUAUUAAAUGAACAUUAUAAUAUCUAUUUAACACUCAUCUCAAUUAUGAGAAAAGGAAAAUUGUUAUAUUGUUCAUCCCUCUAGUAUCUUUUCUUUUAUAUAUUUAUAUAUUUUUUAAAAUAAUAACAAAUAUAUUAAAACAAUUAAUAAUAUUUUUUGAAAACACUAAGAUUAUUUUUUAAAAAGUAAAAUUAUUAUUAAAAAUAAUAAUAAUUUAAAUAUUUUAAAAUAUAUUUAUUUAAUAUGAUAUAAUUUUAAAAUAAUUGAGUUUACUAUAGAAUCUAUAAAUAAUGAGGAUUAAUAUUAAAAAUAAUAUAGAUAAUUACAGUGAAUUUUUUUUUCUUAUAUAUAUAUAUAUAUAUAUAUAUAUAUAUAUAUAUGAGGUGAUGGGUACAAUGACGAGGGGGGCGGAUCUUCUGGUCCCAAAAUCCCUGGUCCCUCCCUGGUCCGCACAAGUGAUAUAAAACUCUCUCACGUGCCAAACACGUGCCAAGCUCCAGCGCCCAAAACUCCCUCCCUGCCCUAGCCUCGCGAUUUCUUCUCGUCGCCUCCUCUCAGCGUCGCCUCCCUGGUCCCUCCCUCCUCCCAGCGUUGCCUCCCUGGUCCCGUCGCCUCCUCCCAGCGUCGCCUCCUCCGCAGUGCCAAGCUCCAGCGCCCAAAACUCCCUCCCUGCCCUACCCUCGCGAUUUCUUCUCGUCGCCUCCUCCCAGCGUCACCUCCUCCGCAGUGCCAAGCUCCAGCGCCCAAAACUCCCUCCCUGCCCUACCCUCUCGACGACCAGCGCCGCCUCCCUCCCUCCGACCUCCACUGCCGCCUCCUCCCAACGUUGGGGACCUCCAGCGCCGCCCUCGUCGCCUGCGGCCUCCCGUCCUCCACCUCCUGCCGACCUCCAGCUUCACCUCCGUUUUGUUUAGGUAUUCUCCACUCUGUUUGCUUCUAAAAAUUUCAGCUUUUCCUAUUGUUCAUGAAGUCUCUGUUUAUCUCCGAGAACCUUCUUCAAAGAUCCUUUUUUUUAUCAUGGAAGAAUCAUUUUCUAAGUUUCAAGUAUUUGUCUGUUAAGAUUAUGAAACGUUUACAUUACGUUGCAAGGAUAAAUAUAUAUUUGGUCCUAAAGUUUUUGCAUGUGCUAGUUGCUUGUUGCUAGUUGCUAAGAUUAUGUUAAGAUUAUAUUCUGUUAGUUGCAUGUGCUAGUUGCUAGUUGCUAGUUGCUAGUUGUUAAGAUUAUGUUAAGAUUAUAUUCUGUUAGUUGCAUGUGCUAGUUGCUAGUUUAGGGUUUUCCUAUAUCUGGUCCUAAAUAUAUAUUCUGUUAAGAUUAUGAAACGUACACGACCUUCCUUUUCAUAUGCUAGUUGCUAGUGUGAUUAUAUUAUCUAUAUUCAUUGAUGUCCCAGAGUUUCAAGUAAUUAUCAUGGAGGGUGAAUCUACGAGUUGUCGUCAUUUGAAUUUUAACGAAAAUGAAGCUAGUCGGGAAGGGGACUUUGAUGUUAUUGAUGAAGGCUUAAAUAUUGAAACGGAUUUGGAUAUACCACAAAUGGGGUUGGAAUUUGAUACAGAAGAAGAUGCAUAUCAAUUUUAUUUGUCAUAUGCUAAAAAAGUUGGAUUUGGCAUAAGGAGAGGUAAAAUCCACAAUGAUAAAUCGGGUAAAUUACUUGAUAGAGUUUUUUAUUGUUGUGCCCAAGGCAAAAGAGGAAAAGACAAACGAGAUAUUUAUGUCAAAGCAAGUCGUGAUGAAACUAGAUUUGGUUGUGAGGCUAAAAUGAAGAUUAGUAAUCGGAGAAAAAGCAAGUUUACUGUGGUGCAAUUUGUUAAAGAGCAUAAUCAUUAUCUCUCAAGUCCAAACAAAACUCAUCUCUAUAGAAGUCAUAGAAAUAUAUCUUUUUCUGCAGCGAAACAGAUUGAGUUUGCAAGUGAUGUGGGAAUCCCCCCAAAAGCAUCUCAUGAUCUUAUGGUGAGACAAGUAGGUGGGAGGGAGAAUUUAGGAUUUAUUCCUGAGGAUUACAAAAACUACUUGCGAUCCAAAAGAACAAUAAAUAUGAGAGUUGGGGAUACAGGAGGUGUAUUGGAGUAUUUGCAGAAAAUGCAGUUUGAUGAUCCUAAUUUUUUUUAUGCUAUUCAAGUUGAUGAAGAUGAUUUGAUUACUAAUAUUUUUUGGUCUGAUGCUAAGAUGAGAGCUGAUUAUGCUAAUUUUGGAGAUGUUGUUUGUUUUGAUACAACCUACAGAAAAAACAAUGAAGGUCGGCCAAUUGCGUUGUUUGUGGGUGUUAAUUAUCAUAAACAAUUGAUACUUUUUGGUGUUGCUUUAUUAUAUGAUGAAACUAGUUUGACUUUUGAGUGGUUGUUUAAUACAUUAACUAAAGCUAUGGGUGAGAAAAAACCAAUUACUAUUCUUACGGAUCAAGAUGCAGCAAUGGCAAAGGCAUUAGCUUCUAGAUGGCCUGAAACACAUCAUCGUUUGUGCAUUUGGCACAUUUAUCAAAAUGUCGCCAUACAUUUGAGUGGAGUUUUUUCUCAGUUUAGAGAUUUUGCUAAAGAUUUUGCCUCAUGUGUAUAUGAUUUUGAUGAAGAGGAAGAUUUUAUUUCAGCAUGGAACAUUAUGUUGGCCAAGUAUGCACUUGAAGAUAAUGAUUGGUUGAGGCGCAUGUACAACAUAAAGGAAAAGUGGGCUUUAGUAUAUGGACGGCAAAUGUUUUGUGCAGAUAUGACUACAACCCAAAGAAGUGAGAGCAUGAAUAGUAUUGUGAAAAAAUAUGUCACUUAUAAACACAAGUUUUUAGACUUCUUCAAUCACUUCCAAAGACUCCUUGAUGAUCGUCGAUAUGAGGAAUUAAAAGCUGAUUUCAGAUCAAGUACAACUGUUCCAUAUUUAAUGUUUCCAAUUGAGAUUUUAAAGUAUGCUAGUGAAAUUUAUACUCCUGAGGUAUACAAGUGUUUUCAACAAGAAUGGUGCUCAUCUCAUGAUUCUAGUCUUGAAAUUUGUGAGGAUGCUGAUACAUUUGCAAAAUAUAAAGUUACUCCUCUAAAAAAGAAACACCAUCAUAUAGUUACACUUGAUAAGAAGUCUGAAAAAAUUGAGUGUAGUUGCAAAAAAUAUGAAUUUGCUGGAAUUUUAUGUUCUCAUAUUCUGAAAAUAUUUACGUGGAAUAAUAUCAUGAAGAUCCCAAGUCAGUAUGUACUGAAAAGGUGGACAAGAAAAGCAAAAAUUGGAUUUUUUGGAGUUAAUGAUUCAAUGACCAACAAUGCUAGUUUGGAUCCAAAAGUACUUCAAAACAUGCGAUACAAAGAUUUGUGUGGGUUGAAUGUUCAGUUGGUUACCAAGGCAGCAGAAAGAGAUGACACUUACAAGGUUGUUAAAGAUGUUAUGUUGAGCUUGUGUAAGAUGGUGGAUGAUAAGUUACAAGUUAAUGAAUCUAAUAUCCAACAAUCAAAAGUGAGCCAAGAAUCUUGGGAAUUUGAUUAUGGUGAAGGGAACUCUACUGGAGUGAAAGGAAUUAAAACCAAGAAGAAAACAAUCUCAGGUAAAAGGUUGAAAGGUGGGUUAGAGAAGACUUCAAGGAAAAGAAAAGCAUCGAGCAAAACAAAUCAAGCUUCAACGAUUGUAAUGGGUGUAGAUCAAACUAUUUCCAGUAUGGCCAUCGUACAAUGUGACCGGAUCAAUCAACAAUCUAUUAAUUUCUCAUCAAUUGGUAGCUCCGUUGAUAAUGUUAGUAUGACUGAGUCUCAAUUCCCACCAUUAUUAGCAUCACAACUUUCUCAGCCUAUAAAUUCCGUGCCAACAAUUGGUAGCUGUGUUGAUAGUGUUAGUAGGACUGAGACUCAAUUCCCACCAUUAUUGACAUCACAACUUUCUCAGGUGCAUCAACCAUCUCAUCUUGGUUAUUUUCCGACAAAUUACUUGGAAUAAUGCUACAAAGGAUAAUCUACAAGAGAAUGGUUGCUAGCAGAUAAUUUACAAGAGAAUGGUUGAUAUUGCAAAAGCACGAGGAGAUAUGAAAGUUGCUGUUGAAUUUCUCAACAAGUACUUAGACAUGUGGGAACUUUUCCAUUAGUAUUUGAAUUUUCCAUUAGUGUUAAACUAAAGUUUAUAUUGAUUUGUUUGUAAAGAUUUGGUUUGGUUAUCAGAAUUUUAUUGUGAAUGUAUUGAUGUGGGAUGGGCAUUUGAUCUUGUGAUGAUAUUAUUUUAUGGUGAUAAGUGAAUGAGAUUGUGAUGUGUUUGAUUGGCAUUCA